ACUAGUACGGUCCAUCAAUUUCAUCCUUUCUUCUAAAAAACACGUGUGGUUUCAUUGUAAAAUUUCUCAUCUGGUGCCUACGGUAGAGGUUAUUUUUGGUUUUAUAAUGCUGGCAAAUGGGCUGCGACACCUUAUGACUCAUUACAGAAUCCUGAAUGGUACACAGUUUGAGAGCCGCUUGAAAACAUGGUCUUUUCUUGCAAGUUUUCUUCACAAGACGGCGCCGAGUUGUACAAGAGAAUCGGACAAAACUGCCAAAAAGCAUUCUACCACUAUGAGCCCUGACACGGACCUAUUAGGCGUAAAUGAUCUCGCAGAUCUUUCUGAGAGAAAUGAAGAAAAGAAGGGAGGUCGUAAAAAGUGGAACUAUCCAAACCAACAGUUUGAAAAAAGACUGAAGUUCAAGAGAAAUCUACAAGACCUCCAGACGAGUCUUGAAGGGGAAGUCUUGUUUGGUCUUCAUCCCAUCCUUAUAACCUUGGAGCAGAAUCGUCGGUCCUUCCAUCGUCUCUUUCUCAAAGACAGUAUCCCGAGAGAUGAGGGAGUUGUUAGGAAAAUAGUCCAGGUUGCGGAAACCAAAGGAAUCGAAGUAAUUCCACUUCCUGUAAAGAUGUUGGAUAUCCUCAGCAAAGGUGCACCUCACCAGGGUGUAUGUCUUGAUGCCUCGCAGAGAAAAUAUGAGACAAUCACAGAUGAUAAAUUGGAUGCAGCUCUUUUGGGGGCCCAAAAACAGAAACUUUGGGUGUACCUUGACAAGAUUCAGGACCCUCGGAAUGUCGGAGCAAUCAUCAGAUCGAGUUACUACUUUGGUGUGGAAAAAAUAUUUGUCCCAAAGGAAAAUAGUUGUCGUCUGAGUCCUGUUGUUCAUAAGGCUAGCUCUGGUGCUGUGGAACUCCUCAGUCUUUAUGCAUUAAAAGACCCGGAGGAAUUUCUUCAGCGUGUAAAGGACCAGAGUUGGAAUAUAGUUGGGACAGCUGGAGGCGACAAUCAGCAGGCAGACUCACCUGAAAAGAUAGAUGUAAAUAGCUACAGCAAUGAACAUAACACGAUUCUAUUAUUAGGUAAUGAAGGAAAAGGACUGUCACCAAACUUGCUGACGUUUUGUGAUUCACUUGUGACUGUGAGGCCUCGAGGAUUCAUGAACCCUGCUGUAGAUUCGCUCAAUGUUUCAGUCGCUACAGGUAUCCUGCUACACAGUUUAACAAGAAAUUUUAGGACAGAGAGAGGCUGAUUACCAUACUGAUGGUUCAAGUACAGUGCGAAUAGUCAUACCUAGGAACAGUGUUACAUAAUAAGAAUGUCUGGGCUGCUGUAGAAUGUUCAUCCACUUAAU